UUUUUCCCCCCAAAAAAAAUGUAAGACAAAGGUAGCAUGUUAUUAGGUUAAGUGUCUUUCCAUCAAAACAAAUCUUCAGAAGUUAUUUCCAUUGAAGAGUGAUAGGAAUCGAGACAAGAUGAAUCUUGUCAGGGGACAAUAUUUAAGAAUUUUACAAAAUAAUGUUAGAAAUAUAUCGUACAGUUGUGGCAAAGCUUCCAACUUUAAAAGCGCUUUAUCUUUGGAGAACUUGCAUCCAGGAAGCAAAUUGAAGCUGCACACUCCAACUUUCGUGCCAGAUCCUAAGGCGAAAUUCAGUGGUUACAUACCCUUGGACAAAGUGAAAAUAACAUAUAGCAGUAGUAGUGGACCAGGAGGACAAAAUGUGAAUUGUGUAAAUACCAAAGUAGAUUUAAGAUUCCACUUGAGCAGUGCUACUUGGUUGUUGGAAGAAAUUCGAACAAAGUUAGCAGAACAGCAUAAAAAUAAGAUAAACAAAGAAGGUUACUUAAUAAUUAAGUCAGAAUUGACGAGAUCUCAGCAUUUGAAUCUGGCAGAUGCGCUUGAAAAAUUAAGAGCGAUGAUCAGAGCCACUUUGAUAGAGCCACCUACACCAUCACCUGAAUCAGAAGAAAGGAAGAGGAAAAAUUUGUUAAAGGCUGCUAGGGAGAGAUUACAUGAGAAGAGAACUCGUUCUCAAAUCAAGCAAAACAGACGAGUUCCUGUUGACUUUUAAAUUGAUUAAUUUAGCUAUUCAAUCAAUUAUUAAGUUAAAUAUGCAAAUACUAUAAUUAUAUAUAGAAAUAAAAUAAAAAA